CAAUUGACAAUUUUUCCAGCAGGUAACCGAGAAGGUAAAAGCAGCCAAAACAAAACGCGACACGCUGAAACCUCGAAUAUUUCGAAAUAAAGUAAAAUCCGCACUAAAAGGAAGGAAAGGAAACAAGGACGAGUAUCUGCACCUGCGUAAGGAGCGGAAAAUUGGAAGACAAGUGCCGUGCAGUGCGGAUUUUCGCGGAAAACCAGGAAGUGGGCAGGAAAAAGGAACUGAAUAGCUCGAGAGGACUCCCGCAGCUAGAGAGGCAAUUUGAAUCCGAAUCGCAGAACCCACGCAGCUGGCCAUGAACUUCUACGACGAGGAGAUCAACAUCAGUGGUCCUGAUACGAAGCACCUGAGCAGUGUCCAAAUGGAGCAGCGAAAUGGAGUUCCGGGGGGCAGCCGAGGGGCAGGCAGUGGCGCCAGCGGGGCGGCUGGCAGAGGCGCCGGGGCAGGAGGCUCACAAAGAGCAGCGGCCGCCAGGACACGUCGACUGGAACUCCAUGGAAACUCCACGGAUGAUGACGGUCUGCUGCAGGACAUCAUCGACCACGAUGACGAGGCGGAAGACAGUGACGACGACGACGACAGCGAGAUGCAGCUGCCCCAGGGCAUGACCAUGGGCGUGGGGAUGACGGGCUUAGUGCCCGGACCCGGUACUCGCACCCAGAAACGACCGGGGAGUAGCAGACAUCUCCAGCAAGGGCCACCGCAUGAGGAUCCCCUCAGUUCGGGAAGCGAGGAAGGAGCUGCGGGAGGCUUUCGAGGAUCUGGCGGAGGAGCUGCCAAGCUUCCGCACCAGAAGCUAACCCUGCCAAUGAGGAGCAGUGCAGGCGGUAGAUCCGAGCAACAAGAGGAGCAAUUCAGCUUGACACCCGACAAGUGGGAGGAUUUGUCGCUGUCAGUGGAGCUCAAGGAGCUGUUUCCCUACAUCCUCAAGUACACGCCCCAGACUAUCGAUACCCCGUUUCACCUGCAACCCUUCAUCCCGGAGUUCGUCCCUGCCGUGGGAGACGUGGAUGCCCUUCUCAAGGUCCAGGCGCCACCACUCCUGCAGCCCCAGCGGCAGAGGGAGCUUGACGACCAUCUGGAGAAACUGGGCCUGUGGCUGCUUGACGAACCCUCUGGCGCCCAGUCCGAACCAUCCCUGUUAAAUAUGAAACUGCGCUCCGUCCUGAGUGGCAGCCGGGGAAGAAACCCGAGGCACGCCUCCUCCGCCUCGAAGAUUCCCACGGCACGAUCGGGCAAGGACAUAGACAAGUGGAUCGCCGAGGUGGAGCAGGUGCACAUGACGCAAUCCAUGUACGAUGCCCAGCCCAGGAAGGAUAUCGAUGCCCUGCUCGAGGAUUGGCCACGGGCCUUUGGCGAGGCGGAGACCAAGAGUGCUCUGGAUCAGGCCUACAAAUCCUGCCUGCAACAGGAUAUAUCCUUGGCGGACUAUGUGAGGGUUCUGUGCGAGAGGUUUGGAGUGGAGGGGCCGUUGGAGUCGCAGGCUGACUACAUCCACAAUGUCCAGACCCUCUUUGCACUCUAUUUGGCCGCCAGUCAGGCGUGGGAGUAG